UUGCCCCAUAGAAAUAAUCUGAACUUCUAUCAUCUAUACAUUCAGGAUUCACUUAAGACCCAAGUUAUGUUUUGAUGUGGUUUCAUGUGCAAGAUACACCUCGCAUUCUUGUAUGGUCUAGUAGGGGAUUUUUGGUCUCGUCAGGGGUGGUUCUAAUCUUAGAAGGGGGGGUUGCAGUAAUAGUUUUUAUUCCACUUUUUUUUGCCCUUUGAUACUGCUAGUACUACAAACAAAUAUAAUGUAUUUUCCAAAGGGGCAGACAUUGAUAAUAUCUAUGUAACUGCUUUUACUUUUAAUUUACCACACAUUUUAUUCUCAGAAUACAAUGACUAGAUAAGCAAUCUAUUUUUGCAAGUUUUAUACCAUGUGUAUUUUUUUCCUUCUUUUAAAUACACUAUGACAAUGUUUUAAUUGCACCGCUCUGCUCCACUGUAAGUUCUGAGUUGGUGUCAUGUAUCAAUUUUUAUACAUGUCUAUUAGAUGGCUACUAGAAGACGCAGAGAGCUACCUGAUUAUGGUAUGAGUAACAUAGGAGAAGAAGUUGAUGACGCCCCCAUUGAUGAAUGUUCGUCCGAUUCUGAUGGCGCUGGACUGUCCGAGCCUGAUGGUGAUCCCGCUCAAAGUGAAGGAUCAUCCUCUAGUGAUGACCAAGCUUUGCAGCGAAAACUGUACAAGGAAGUUUUAAUAGAUUAUGAAAGGCUUAAAGAAUUGAAAAGGAAACUCAAGUUGUCUGUAACCCUUGAGAACAACAAGUCUAAGCCUGACCACAAACCCAAAGACGCUUUCACCCGAUUUUCUGUCACAGCUUUUUCUUCUAUUUUGGAUUCUCUAAACCCCAGACAGAGAGAAGUCAUUGAGAGCUAUGGGUUUGGUUCCCUGUUGAAUUUUGACAAGUGCUUCGUCCCUAACAAAUUUGCAAAGUGGGUAGCUAAUGUGGUUGACUACAAGUCGGGAGAUAUAGUUGUUGAUGGCAAAAUUAUAUCAUUGACCAAGGAAUCUGUUCACUAUGUGCUUGGUAUCCCUCUUGGCGGCGAUCCAUUUCCUUCCGACACUGUCUGCGGGAAAGAAUUUGUUUUAAACAAGUUCCAAAAGAGUUCUAUACCGCCAGUGACUUUCUUUUCUAACAAGCUGGUCAAGGAAGGAGGAACGUUGUCUGAUGAGGAUCUCUUUGUCUGUUUCAUCAUUGUUGCUUUAAGUAGUUUUUUGUGUGCAAACUCUUCAUCAACCCCAAGCCCUAAGUAUUUUGGUAUUUUUGGUGAUAUCAAAAGAGUGAAAGAGUUUGACUGGUGUGGAUAUGUCUUGGAUUGGCUACUUGAUGGUGUCAAAUUGUUCAAAAAAUCUAAACCUUCUAGGGUCAAAGACAAUCGCACUCUUGCUGGAUGUCUCUACUACCUUGCUGUUAUGUACUUGGACUUUGUUGACUUUGGCCCUCGCCGUCUACCUAACACAUUGCCCCGGAUUUGUGUUUGGAAAGGGAACAUGUUAAAGACAUACUCAGAUCUCGACCUGAAGCCCAAUGGUUCUUAUGGGUUUCGCCCUGUCCUGGAUUUCAGUGAUACCUGCUACUCUAAGAAUCUUCAUCUUCAUGACACUAGCUCACAGCAUGUAGCUCUUAAUGUUGAGUUUAGGGACAAACUUGAUUCAGUUUCAAGGAACAAGCUGCCCAUUGUUUUGAAGAAUGAUAUCUGCAAGGCAAUAGAGAAUCAUUGUUUCAAUUCUGGUCUUAGAUUGGAUCUGGAUGUUACUGCUUUGGCCAGCCUACCAGAGCAUUUGGUGGUGAUGUUCUCUAAGCUGUUGAGACAUGCAUCUAAUAUUGAUCAUAGAUCGAAGGAAUUAGUUUUGGAUGUCAUGAAGAUAAUUGGUGAUGCUGAUGGCAGCUAUGACAGAAAUGUUGCUCAUGAUAUAUCCACAAAUGUGACACCUUCAGCUGCUGAUAAUAAGGAUUCCCCUGCAGGCCAUCAAAACAUUGAUCACCCAGUUCCAGGAGACACACCUGCAUUUGAUCAUUCCGCUGGCAAUUCGUUUGGAUAUUCUCAUGAUUUUGGCGCCCAGGCAACCCCCCGUAACGUGACUUCUUUGGAAAAGAUCUCCCCAUAUAACCACCCAUCCAGUGAGAAAGAUACAAGGACACAUCAUUAUCAUCACACACACAAUGACUUGGUUCCAUCUUGCUCUAACUACAAUUCCUCAGUGUUGAAUCAGGAACGUGCCAACAGGAUUUUGGAAAAGUUGGCCAAAAACACCCCAAUGUCCGCUUCUUCUAAGUUAACUACCAAUAAAUUUGUAUGCCCUCCAAGUGGAUACCCCCCAAAUCAUCCUUUUAUUAUGAGUAUGAAGGCUAAAACGGGCAGCAAUGCAAACCCAUCCACCCAGCCUCAACCAGAUGCCCCUCACUCUAUUAGGAAGCCCUUCGGUGACAUUACCAAUGUUGAUGCUAUUGCUGCUGAGCAUACACCCAAGUCACCCCCCAGCAGCCGCAGCCGCGAUAAUCCUACAGAUGUCAUUAUGCUUCAAGACGAUGUAGAGUUUGUACCCGAUUCAUAUUCACCUGAGCCGUGCCCUGUCAAUCGUAGAUCUAUUGUUCAGAAGAAAUCUCCACCCAGAGUUACACCAAAGUUGCCCAAGAAGCGUGAAGCCCCAAUCUCCAGCCGUAAUGUGACCUUUUCAGCAGCAAAAGUACUGGACCUAAGUGAUUCUCCCGACAUUGAAGUUUUGGGCCAAACCAGUUUCUCCCAAUCUGCUCUUCAGAUGGCAAGACAGUCUGAUCUAAUUUACAACAAAAGAUUUCGCAUGUCUGAUGCACCUAGUUUGCCCCCACCCAAGCAAGCCGCUACUACUGCUUUCUGUGAUCUUGGCUCAGGGAGUUCCUUGUCUAUGUUGCCCACCUAUCACCAAAGAGAUUCUUCCACUGGUGGUAAAAUGCCAGUACAUGGCCCUAGAAGAGUUGUGAAGCCUGGUUUUCUUUUUAAUGGAGAUUUCGAAAUUGCAAAGCCAAAGAUUACUGUUUCCAAAUCUGAGAUGAAAAAUUAUCAAGCAAUAUGUAAUUUGGCAACUUCUGAGUAUAGCAAUGAGGAUGUAGUCAGCAUUGGUAAAGUUUGUUGCACAUUUUGGUCUCUUGGAGAGUCUUUGAAGCCCGGGGGGACAGUUAAUCCUUUUGUGAUUUCAGCUUUCUGCUAUGGCUUGUACAUAAAGCCCAAUGCGCCACCUGAUGUAUCAAAGUCACAUUAUUUCUUUGCUAACACUGGGGAGAAUUUGUUAAAGGAUAUUGAUGAAGCUAAUCAAGAAGUUUUGGCACGUUCUUUCAAGCGAUCAUCUAGGAGCAGGCCUCUCAAUUAUUGCAACAAUCUGUUUUUUCCCAUUUUCUUCAACGAGCACUGGUUUGUCUUUGUCGUUGACAUAAAGGAUCGCAAAUUUGUUUUCCUGGACUCAUUAUAUCAAAAAGAUCAUGAGUUUCAUGAAAUUGUCAGAGACAGACUGAUCACAUCCUUUCAAGUCCAUUGGGAUAAUUAUGUGCAGGUUGAUAUGGGUUUUGGCAAAUACGAGCUUUUGUAUCCUGAUGUCCCUCACCAACCACUGGAAAAUAGUUUUGAUUCUGGCAUCUACACAAUGAUGUUCCUUGAGCACUGGAAGUCACCCAGGACAGUGAUGCGUAACAUAUUUGACUCGUCAGAUAUCAACAUCAUCAGAGUCAAAUUUGCUAAUGAUCUGCUGUUCCUCCCUGGAAAUUCUGGAAACAAAAAUCGCGUCAUUGAAUAUAGCAAUUGAGGCUUCAUCUAACACGAUUAUUUGGCACAUGUCAGGCUCCCAUUGAAAAUAUCAAGUUCAAGUUCUGCAUAUACAUAAACCAGAAAGAAUGUGUUUUUUUUUCUAUGCAAGAGGAUAUGACAUAGUAGUCUACGUAUAGUGCUUCUUUAUCCGUAGGAAAUGAUAUUGUAAUAGUCUGUGCAAGGUUAAUACUCUCCCGUGCUAUAGAAUACUCAUGUAAUACCAAACAGAACUUAUGUCACUUUUUUACAUCGUAUCUAGUAUCUUUGACAAGAAUAA